AAGGAAAAUGUAGAAGUUUAACGUACUUCAACUGUCUAGUUGGCUGCGUUGGCUGCAACAAUCGAUGUUCUUGUGCAAACAUGGACAAAUGUAGCAUAUGCAGGUAAUGGUGGCCAGUUGCCUUUGAUUGUGAUUCUCCGUUGUACAGUGGAAGAAAAUACGUCAUCCAACGUAUUUAAGCCUUCCAGGUGAGUUCUUGCAAUUAGGAAAAUGUACGAAAACAGAAUGAUGUUCGAUGUGUACUUAUUCAACGGCUAACCUCAGAAUACCAUUGUUUUUAUCGGUUGCGUCCUCCCGGUACUUCUGCAUUGUUGACAAUAUUUGCAUUUUAAGACAGUGUUGUAAAGAGGAUAACAAGAUUGUAGUCCAGUGAGCAUUCUGUUAUGGAGGGUUAUGCUAAUGUUAAUAGUAAUCAUGAAGAUUAUGAUGACUUGAACAUUGAAGGCAGAAGUACUUCAGAUGAAUGGAAAAAUAAAGAAGAAGCUAAGCCCACUACCUUGCAGCCGCAAGUGGAGGCUCUGCGUGAUCUCGAGCGGCGUGUGCUGUCUCUGCGUGUGCCAUUAGAAGAUGGCUCUGGGGAAGGGUAUGUGUUCUCCUUCAAACAUGUCGCCGGGGUGCAACGCUGGCGUUGCCACCUGUGCGAUGUCUUGGUGGUCGGCUCCCGGCAUGUGGACACGCACAUCCAGAGUAAGAAGCAUCAGGUGAAGUUGGCUCUGCCCGGGCACCCACACAGCAUCUUCACACGCAUUGAACCACGUGGAAAUGGCGACCGUGCGCCGGGACAUAUUUUGAACAUUUUUAUUCCACAUAUAUGUGCAUAUAUAGUGGAGGUGCCUGCACUUGCACCAGGGGAACCCGUUCCUCCCGGCUUUGAGGAUGUUGUGCGACGUGUGGCACAGAUUCAAGUGACUCUUGAUGCGCACCGCAGCUCACCUCUGAUUGGACUAGAGUACAUGGUGGAACUCACUCCUGAGGAACGAGGAAAGGAACCUAUGUAUGGAAUUCACUUUCCAACACUCAGUAAAAUGUUAGCCACAGAAUUUCAGUCUCGAAAAGAUUGUAAGAAGAUUAUUCAUUUGGCACUAAAUCAUGUUUGUUCCAAGAUUGAAGAAAGGUUUGGCCGAUUGCAGCCUUCUGUGGUUGAACGAGACAUAUUUGAAGUUCAACGUAAUCAAAUAAAAGCCCAAAUUGAAAAGGAUCCUCAUUUUGGUGAAUCUCCUGGAGACACACUGGUUGAACUUCUGGAUCCUGCAGUAAUUGAUGCUCUAAUUGAGGAGGAGGCUAAGGCAGAAGCAGAACCUUCGAAGCAAGAACCCUCGUCUACUGGAACUGUCUUUAACCGUGGGAAGAUAACCUGUGACCGCAGUCGGCUCCGAGGCCGCACAGAAGAUGACUCGGCUCUUGAAGAAGAAAAUGUGUUCAAGAAAUUGGCAGAAAUGGAGAAAGCUGCUAAUGAGGCUAUGCAGAAGGAAAAUGCAAAUUCAGAAUCAAAAGGCAUUGCUCACAAUAUUGACGGGACGCAGCCCAGAAGAACGGCGGCGGCGGCGGCGCUGCGGCGGGCGCGGACAAGAACCCCCCGCUCGACACCAAGUCGCUGUCCUCCAUCUCGUCCAUCUCGUCGUCCAGCCUGUCGCUGUCGCGCUCCAAGUCGCCGCGCUCGCGCUCGCGCUCGCGCUCCCGCUCGCCGCCCGCGCGCUCGCGCAAGGCCUUCCCGCUGCACUACGGGGCGCCCGGCGCGGAGCGCGGGCGCGGGCGAGGGGCGCGGCGGGGCCGCGGGGCGCGGGCGGGGCCGGGGGGCGUGGAGCCCCACGGGAGCGCGCGGCGGCGGCGCCGGCGGCGACAGGGGCGACGGCGAGGGCGGCCACCCCGCUCCCGCUCCCGCCACCCGCGCGGCCCGCUGCGGCCAGCACGCGCCUCCCGCUGCCCGCGGCGCGGCCCCGGCCCCGGCCCCGGCCGCAGCUCACCGCUCGCACACCCCCGCUCCCGCUCUCGCUCCCGCCUCCCUCUCCCGCUCCCGCACGCGGCGCCCUUCGCGCUCCCGCUCGCCCCGCGCGGGCGCGGCCCGCGCCCGCGAGCUCCCGGCCCCGCUCCCGCCCGCGCUUUCCCGGCCCCGCUCCGCCCGCCCGCUCCCGGCCCCGCUCCCGGCCCCGCUCGCGGGCCCCGCUCGGCGCCCGCACGCAGCCGCACUCGCGCAGCCGGUCCCGCUCACGGUACGCGCUCGCCGCUUCGCGCGCACCCGCCGCGCCGGCCGCCACGCGUCGCCGCCGCCCUACCGCAAGCGCGGCGCGUCGCCCCAGCCGCGAACAGCCCAGCGCCCUCUCCUGCCGCACGCCGCGGACCGCCAAGAAGGGCGCCACCCGACCCCAGCGAAGGCGCGGCGCUGCGCUUGGCCAGAAGUUCGCGAGGAGGCCGACCGCAUCGACCGCGACAUGAUCGACAAGCUCAAGUUCCACGAAAAGAACCCAGAGAAGCACCCCAUGUACCCGGACGAGUGGAAGAAGUUCUGGAACCGGCGCUACAAGGAGCUGCAGGCCGAGGGCAAGAACCCGGCCAAGCACGACUUCAAGCCCGAGUGGAUCCAGUACUGGAACCGGCGCAUGCGCGAGAUGUACGACGAGGAGCUCAAGGGCAAGAAGGACGAGUGCCGCGUGCGCCUGGGGCUGCCCGAGGAGGGCGAGGCGGGCGCGGCGCCGGGGCCGGGCGGGCUGGGCCCCGGCCGCAAGCGCGGCCUCCGCGACCGCGACUACGACAGGGACGGCGACAGGGCCGGCGACGACGUCAUCGUGCUCUCCCCCACCUCCAGCGGCAAGGAUGAAAAACAGUCACGUAGAGAUAUAACUGUUGCUGAUAUUAAAAACACAUGGAAAGCCCUGACAGGAUCAGAUAUCAAAGAAUCAGGAGCAACGCCCUCUGGCCAGCGAUCACCAAGCCCUUGGGAGGAGAGUGAAGGUCCCAAGAGUAGCUCCCAUGCAGACCUAAGCCCUUCGCAUGGAGGCAAAUGGUGGGCAAAGGGCCGAGGAAAUUCUGGGCGAGGUCGUGGAGGAAGAUCUAGCAUGGGAACACAUCGUGGUGGUAUUUAUGAGCCGAACGAUGGUCCCAGAGGUGUAGUUCAUGCUUUGCGAUUGCUCACAGCACUUGAAAAUCAGCUUGGUUCUCUGGGCCCUCAGAUCAAUACCCUGCUGGCCAAAGCAUUGACUCUGGAAAAAGUUGCUGUUGACUCGUCAGAACAGCUGUUAGCAGAUGCGACUCAUACAGCACUCUUUGAGACUGCACGUGAAAAACUUAAAGGCCAGUUGUAUGCUGGAAUUGUAGAGCGCCAGAUGGUGAUGGCAACUCGCUCUGCUAUUGAAAGCGUGAACAGCCUGUUAGCAAAGGCUGAGAAGCUCACUCCAGUUCCAGCUGCUGUUGCGGCUUCUGUAACUCCUCUUUCGAUCACUCCAAUGACGUCUAAUGUUCUUGGUAGUUCCUCCCUAAUCUCACCUGUUACUCCAAGUUCACUGCUAGGAACAGCUGUAGCUCCCACCCCUGCCUUUCCUACUGUAAAUGAACCUGUCGUUGUUCCUGGAAUUGGUGCGGUUGACAAGGUAGCCAUUGCACAACAAAUAGCAGAGGCUUUGGUUGCUCAAGGAAGAAGUGAUGUGUCACAGGGAGAGUUAGAAACGCUUAUUAAUGCUGUAGUGGGCAUGGCUCAAGCGUCCGCUUCUUCCCAAGAACCCAUAUCAGCUGCAGCAUAUGUGAGGCAGCAACAGCAACAACAGCAGCAGCAGCAGCAGCAGCAACAACAACAGCAGCAACAACAUCAAGGACAAGAGCAGCAGCCACUUCUCCAUCAUCAAUCUCUGCAGAGCCAUCUCCCCUCACACCCAACACAACUCCCUGGAGCUCUCACAGUUGAUACAUCACACUCCACUGACUCUGGCAAAUCAUCCGGUCAGCCUCCUGGCGGUGAGUCUCCAUUUACGCAGCUCCUGUCAUCUGUAUCACGAUCUGCGUCUGGGGGACGCACAAGUACAGGUCCUAGUGCCCUUCAAAUCCUCCAGUCUGCAUAUAACGAUUCAGCAAAAGCAAGUGGGAAUGGGUUGAGUCAUAAAGGAGGGUCAUUUGCUGGGCGCACUGAAAGUAUGGACGAUUUAUCAGAGGAAGAUCUGAAAACUUUGUUGCAAAAUUUUAAAGAAUUGCCUUCCGAAGAACAGUAUGGUUUGAUAUCUUAUCUUAAGAAGGUUGAAGCCAAGGAACCUGCUAGAGUGGAGAGGUUAAGGCAGUUUGUAAAUGUAGGCCAGUUAGUUAAGUCACCCAAGAAAGAAUUUCAGACAACAAGAAAGACUCCUACAAUUAAGAGUGAUACUUCUUUUGAGAACAAAGGUUCAGAUGGAAGUUCAAUUCAUGGAGGUAGUAUUAACAAAGAUCGCCUCUCGCCCUUUUCCCUUCGUGAAGGUGGCAUCAACCCCUCGGGGGAUAGUGUUGCUGGAACAUUUGAAAGUGAGAAGAAUACGAAAGUCAAAAUGGAUGACUCAGAUGAUGAAGAUUACAGUUUUGAGGACAUAUAUGCAGCAGCAUCGAGAAAAGUUAAAGAAAGGGAGAAAGCAAUUGCGGAACAAACUGCUAAGCUAGAGAAAGAAGAGGAGAAGAAAAAGAAGAAGGCUGCAGAGGAUCCAAGGUUAUUGCUCAAGGAAACAAAAGCUAUAAUUGCUAAUUUGAUGGGCCAAUUGCCAGCUAAGUUUAUCCAGAAGCAAAGCCCUUCAAAGGAAAGUCCCUCAGCACACAAAACAGAAACAGCAGCAGUGGCAGAAAGCUGUUCUGUUAACUACACAGGAUCCUCUGUAAAGCAACCAAUGUUUGAUCUAACUACAUUACAGCAGCCUCAGGAUUCAGGUCACUCUGAUAUUGGGUCUAUGAACCAACAUGGUAAUAUGCAAAUGGAGAAUGCCAUGGACAUGAACACUAGCCAGUAUUACUCAAACUACCCUGAUCCAGGUGGGAAUUAUGGAGGACAAUAUCAGAACCAGGGUCAGUAUGCAAACCAGGGGUACACUAUGCAGGGAUACCCACCUUCUCAAGGAGGAUAUGUGGGCAGCAGUUAUCAAGACGGAGGUUACUACAGUAGUCAGCAACAACCGCAGUCGCUGCCACAACAGCAGCCGCCACCGGCACAACCCACACAACAAAUGGCCCCACCACCACAAAAUUUCGGACCCCACACCCACCCACACCAUCACCAUCAGCCCCAGCAAUAUCCUCAACAGGGGUAUGCAGCCGCUCCUGAUCCAGGAUACUCAGAUCAGAACAUGAUGAACUCUGGCUAUCCACAACAGCCGUACCAAGCUGCUCCCCAAAAUUACCCCACAGGGUAUGGGCAGUAUCCAGGAUCACAGGGGUACUACUGAUGUGACUGGUGGACAAAUUCCAAUUUAAUUGUGAUGUGUAAUAUUAGUCAAGAAUGGAUGUAAAUGUUCUUAUUUUGUCAGUGUAAACAGGAGUUGUAUAAUAAG